UUUUAGCUACACAGAAGCGAUGCAACAUCGUAAACAACAUGGCGUGCCACGGAUACAAACAGAGUUGGUCUUGAUUACAUUUUAGCUAAAAGUGUACAUCGUAAAGAGUUGACAGUAAUAUUUUAAAAAAAUAGAUGGUGACAUCGCAAUAGCUUGAUCAUCUAACUUGGAGUGCGGGAAAAGCAGACCAAGACAGCUGUCAAAAGCUUGCAGCAUAUACGGCAUAUCGGUGCUCAGUCUAUGGGCUCCCAGUCCAGUUCUGGGAUGUCCGGUCGGGGCUCCAGCGACAACCCAGACCAGUCAGAACCAGAAUCCAACCAGAACUCGACCCACAGGAGCCGCAGGCAGACCGACAGAGCAUCCACAUCUGAGGAGGACGUCAACCUAGCGCAAGUACUGGCGUACCUACUGAGAAGGGGCCAGGUGAGGGUGGUCCAUGGAAGCAGAGCGACAGGUCUGCAGCUCGUCCAGUCAGUUUCAGACUCGGACGAGGACAGCGAUGGUGCUUGGGAAGGCCGUUUAGGACAUCGCUAUGAUCCACCUGUGGACACCCAGCCAGACACUCAGGAAGUGGAUCGCAGUGAGAUCCGUACUCAAAUCUUGUUGGCCACUGCCUCCUCAGGCUUAAAGGGCAGAUACAGCUUCACACAUAUGCUGGCCCAGCGGGAGCAGGGACGCUGUCGAGGAUCCAGUUUCUCUCAUGGGGAGUGCAGUCGUAUUCGCUCACAUUUCCUGCCCAACCACGUGGUACAUAAAGACACAUACCAGCAGAAAGCCUUCUGUGGAGUUUACAGUGAUGAUGGGAAUAUGUUCCUCUCUGCAUGUCAAGACCAGAAUAUCCGUCUGUAUGACACCAGGAGAGGUGGCUUUACUCUAAAGCGGACGAUAAAAGCGAGGGAUGUGGGCUGGAGUGUGCUGGACGUGUGCUUCACCCGUGACUCUCGCUCUGUCCUCUACUCCAGCUGGUCUGACUACAUUCAUGUCUGCAGUAUAGAUGGCGAACAUCAAACGCACAUCGCUCUGGACCUCAAUCCAGAUGAGAGAAGGUUCUGUGUAUUUUCGCUGGCAGCAUCCACAGAUGGGACAGAAAUUCUGGGCGGAGCAAAUGAUGGCUGUCUGUAUGUAUUUGACCGUGAACAAAAUAGGAGAACUCUAAAGAUCGAUGCCCAUGAGGAUGAUGUAAACACAGUGGCGUUUGCUGACGGUUCAUCACAGCUGCUGUUCUCAGGCAGCGAUGAUGCACUCUGUAAAGUGUGGGACAGACGGACACUAAGGGAGAACAGACCCCAGCCUGUGGGCCAGCUGGCAGGACACAGAGAUGGCAUCACAUUCAUACACAGCAAGUGCGAUGCCCGGUAUCUGAUCAGUAACUCUAAGGAUCAGACCAUUAAGCUGUGGGAUGUGAGGAAGUUCUCCCCUAAAGAAGGCCUCGCUGCUUCACGCCUCGCUGUGACCCAGCAGAACUGGGACUACCGAUGGCAACAGGUCCCCCAGAGAGCUCUGAAGAGGCACAAACUCACCGGCGAUACCUCGGUGAUGACCUACAGGGGUCAUGGCGUCCUGCACACACUCAUCCGCUGUCGUUUCUCACCUGAGUUCAGCACGGGACAGAGGUUCAUCUACACGGGCUGUUCAACGGGCAAGAUCAUUAUCUACGAUGUACUGACGGGCCGUGUGGUGUCCAGUCUGACCGGUCAUGAGGCUUGUGUCAGGGAUGUCAGUUGGCACCCAUACCAGGACAACAUCAUCAGCAGCUCUUGGGACGGGGCCGUCUGUUUGUGGGAGCACAGAGAGAACCACCUGCUGGACGAGGACAGGGAGCGGGUGGACGUGGUCAGCCAACACCAAUCCAGGGAGGAGAAAAAGGACGACUGAUGUCAGAGGACAAACUGCAGAGCAAACAUCGCAAUAUCAGCCACAAACAACACGGAAGGCAGUUUGAAAUGUGAUUUUCUCUGGAGAUUUAUAUAUGCUUGUUUUGGUUUGUUUUUUCUUUCUUUUUCUUGUUUUUUUUGUUCAUUGGCCAAAAGGUACUAUAUGUCUACAACUAAAAUUGAUAUAAGAGCCCAGUAACCCUUAGGAAACUAAAGACAGAGAAUGUUUUUUCUGUUCUGAGGAAAACCUCAGAGUUUUCAGAUGUAGUGUAAACAUCAGAGUUUGAGGAUAUAGUUUAAAACUGCAGCACGUUUGGCUUGACUGCUUUGCUUACAACACACAAAUAGUAACUAUGCUGCUUUCCCUCCAUGCAACAUUCAAAUAAUUGGAUGUUGAUUAAAUGGACAAAUUUAGAAAGUUGCAUUACACAAUGGCACGUAAUGUAAGAUAUUUUACUGGUGUUAAGGUACCUGAUUAAAGAGAGACUUUAUUUUGUA